CUUUUUAGAUCAAAAGAUGAUUCAUAUUCUGACGGCUUAUCUUCCAAAAAGAAACACAAGAAGGAACAUAAACACAAACAUAAGAAGCAUAGCUCGGAGAAAACGGAGAAAGAUAAAAGUAAGAAACAUAAAAAGCAUAAAAAACACAAAUCUAAAGAUCAAGAUUUACCGUCGGACACAAAUGGUAGAUACACGCCAGUCAAUGAAAAUAAUGGGGUCGUCAAUGGUAAAUCUGUGGACACUAUUCAGACUGAUCCCGCUAUACUCACCGAUUAUAUAUCCACGGGGCUAACAGACGACAAGCAGGAAGCAGUUUCUUCUGAAAGUGAAUUUGUACCAGAAGCUGAUUGUGACAGUGUUGAUAUUGAUAUGAGUGUCAUUGAAGCAGAUAUGGAUCUCGAAGACCUAAUGAAACAGAAAGAACUAUUGCAAGCUCAGCUAGCAAAAGCUAGUGGUUUUACCUCUCCACUUGAAAUUGCUAACCAGGAGAAGGUUCUAGAAGAAGUUAUAUUACUGGAUGAUGAUUCUGAUGAACAGGAACCUGUUGCUGUCAUAAAAAAGAAAUCGAGGAGCAGAGAAAGGAAAAUAACUGAAGUUAAAAUCAAAGAAGAUCUUAGAAAGAAGAAUAGUCAUAGCAGAGAGUAUUCAUAUAGGGAACAGGAAAGGAGAGAUAGACAUCAUCGCGAACUAGACAGAAAUAGGUCCAGAAAUGAAAGAGAACGGGAUCAACGAUCACGUUCACGAUAUGAAAGCUCGCGACACCGAUCAUCAAGAGAUGAUUCCCGAGACAGAAGAGAUUCAAGGAGUUACAGUUACCGGGAUAGAUACAAAGAUAGCAGAUCUAAAGAUUAUUCCAAAUCCAAAGAAAAACAAGAUAAGUUCAAGGAUUCGUUGAGUGAAGGACAAAAGCGACAAGAGUCUAGCGAUAGUGAUGUUGAGAUAGAUAUUGAUUUGAAUGAUGAAGAUGAAGAAGCUAUUAUCGAGAAGAGGAGAAAGCAAAGAGAAGAACUUUUGAAGCGCCUAGGAGCAAACCCACAAAAUCAAGAUGAAGGAAGCAUGGACUCAUGUCAAUCUCCAGAUGUUCAAGUUAUAGAAGAGCCCACCAUAAUACAACCUGAACCUGCCAAAAAAGAAACAGCACAACCCAAAAAGCAAGAAGAACCUGAGAAAAUUGAACCAACUAAAGAUAAACCUAAAGAUGAUGACCAAAAACAAGAAGAAUCUUUGACGCCACCUCUUUUGCCAAAUAUGAAACCCAUUUUAGGUUCUGGUGAUAAGAAAAAUGAAAAAGAUGGUAAAUCUAAAGUUACAUCUGGUUGGGACAUGUUUUCAGAACAGGAUCUUUUCAAAAUGAAUUCUUCACCAAAUACUAUUACGACGAAAGGAUCAGGUGCUGAAAAUCCAGCACUUACAGAUAAUUGGGAUGAUGCAGAAGGAUACUAUAGAGUUAGAAUUGGAGAAAUAUUGGAUUCAAGGUAUAUGGUGUACGGGUAUACAGGUCAAGGUGUAUUCAGUAAUGUUAUCAGGGCUAGAGACCAAGCGAGAGGUAAUCAAGAUGUAGCUGUAAAAAUCAUUAGAAAUAAUGAAAUCAUGCACAAAACUGGUCUCAAAGAACUGGAAAUCUUGAAAAAACUUAAUGAUGCUGACCCAGAAGACAAACUUCAUUGUCUGAGGUUGAUUAGACACUUCUUCCAUAAACAGCAUCUUUGUAUGGUAUUUGAACCUCUGGCGAUGAAUUUGAGAGAAGUUCUGAAAAAAUAUGGUAAAGAUGUUGGACUGCAUGUAAAAGCAGUGAGAAGUUACACUCAGCAGCUGUUGUUGGCACUAAAGUUGUUAAAGAAAACUGGAAUACUUCAUGCAGAUAUAAAACCCGACAAUAUUCUAGUAAAUGAAAGCAAGCACCUCUUAAAACUCUGCGAUUUUGGUUCCGCCUCAAAAAUUAACGAAAACGAAAUCACUCCUUAUUUGGUAUCCAGAUUUUAUAGAUCGCCCGAAAUCAUACUUGGUAUGACUUAUGAUUAUGGCAUUGAUAUGUGGUCGGCCGCUUGUACCAUUUACGAAUUAUAUACGGGUAAAAUAAUGUUUUCUGGCAAGAGUAAUAACCAAAUGUUGAAAUUUUUCAUGGAUGUUAAAGGAAAGUUUCCCAAUAAAGUCAUACGAAAAGGAGCUUUUAAAGAACAACAUUUUGAUAGCAACUACAAUUUUUUGUACCAUGAGAUAGAUAAGGUCACUGAGCGGGAAAAAGUGGUAGUAAUGUCUGUGGUAAAGGUGUCGCGCGACUUGCAAUCCGAGCUAAUAGCCGGCCAAGGCUUGCCUACAGAUCAACUACGUAAAGUUACUCAGCUCAAGGACCUUUUGGAGAAAGCGUUGGCCAUCGAUCCGGCCAAGAGGAUCAGUCUCAACAACGCCUUAACGCACCCGUUCAUACAGGAUAAAAUCUAA